AUGAUCAGUGCUGUAAACACACUUAACAGAUGGCCAGGAUUACAAAGUUUGCUCGAACCGACCAAUGAAAAUUCAUACUUUCAACCGAUAAAAACGGAAAUAACUCAUUCAUCAAAUACUGAAUCUCUGAAACAUUUUAAUGAUCAACAAUUGAGUAUCAUUCAUACAGCUUCACAUAUGUUCAAUAGUGAAGAAGGACGUUUGCACAUGAUCUUCGGACCUCCAGGAACUGGAAAAAGUCGUACGAUUGCUGGUAUUGUUCUACAUUUACUAGAUCAAUUAUUUGUUGGAAACAAGUUAUUGAUUUGUGCUCCAUCCAAUAAUGCAUGCAAUGAACUUACUCGCCGUAUUCUCGAUGAAUUUAGUCAUCAGAAGAUACCGUAUACAGAUGGUAUCUUAGUUCGAGUUGGUGGACAACCACCAGAAGACGAAAAUUUAUGCGAACAUUUCCACGAAUUCAUGAUUCAUAAGACUGUAUUUCAAAUGCUUACUAACGAACCACAACGUAAGACUUUCAAUACAAGCAAGAUUGCAAAAGAUAUUCUCGAAAACGCCAAGAUAAUUGUGUCAACACUAAAUAAUUGUGCGAGUUCACGAUUAGGUUUUCUUAAAAACAAAGUUGAUUUCAUUAUUAUCGAUGAAGGUUAG